AGAAGAAAUUAUUCUAUAAAACUGCUGCUGUCUGGAGUGACUAAACAGUCUGACUGAAUAGAUAUUUAAUUGUAUUUAAUUGUUUUUCUUGUGAAGAAUUUCUUUCUCCCCACGACAUAGACCCAGGACCCAUUCCCCCACACACAUAGUCCAUGCACAGAGGUUAUGGGUGGGAUCAAACAGGAGCAGAGUGAUGCAUCACAGCAGUCCAAACCUUCACAUUCAGCAGAUCAACCACAAGAGGAGCCAAAGAAGAGAGGCUGGCCGAAGGGAAAGAAAAGAAAGAAGGUGCUACCAAAUGGUCCCAAAGCACCGGUGACGGGAUACGUCCGCUUCCUGAAUGAACGGCGAGAACGCAUGCGGGCCAGAUACCCUGACUUACCUUUCCCAGAAAUCACCAAGAGACUUGGAGCAGAGUGGACACAAUUAGCCCCUAACGACAAACAGCGCUACCUGGACGAGGCGGAGCGGGAGAAGACGCAGUACGCCCAGGAACUGAAGGAAUAUCAGCAGACUGAGGCCUAUCAGAUCACCAGUGCUAAGAUACAAGACAAGAGGAUCAAGAAAGAAGACACUCCAUCAGUCAUCAUCAGUACCAGUUCAGAGUCAGUAGUAUCAAAGGUUACUGACCUCAACACCAGAUUCGACAUCCCCAUCUUCACAGAGGAGUUCCUCGAUCAGAACAAAGCUCGAGAGGCUGAGUUGCGACGGCUCCGUAAGGCCAACAUUGAGUUUGAAGAGCAGAAUGCAGUGCUUCAGCGGCACAUUAAGGACAUGUACAGCGCUAAAGAGCGCCUGGAGGCCGAACUGGGGCUGGACGAGAAGCGCACCCAGGCUCUUCACCAACACUUGCUGGCCAUUAAACACACAUUGGUCAACAGUCUGUCAUCAGUCCCCCUGCCAGGCACAGGAGAGACGGCGUCUCAUGGGAACCUGGACUCUUACCUGAGUCGUCUCAGCGGAGUGCUGGAGGGAAACCCUCACAAGCAUCGUGCACUGCUCGGCCAGCUCUGCGACGUCCUCGCUCAUCUGGACAGUGAGAAGUUAUGAGGAGACUUCUGCUGGAGACCCUUUCAUUCGUGCAUCAGAGGGACGCUUUGCAGGCUCGGUGGUUUUAGGUCAAGUCAGUGUCAAUCAACAGAGCAUGUGGAUAUCUCAAGGAUAAUAAAGGCAAGGGUACAAAUGCUUCAAAACGCCACACACACACACAGUCCGCGUCUACAUGCCUCUUCUUUAUGAAUAUAUGUAUGAGGAAGAAAAUGUGUAUUCAUGCACAUGAGUUUUUGUGAAUGUAAAUCUGUGUGGCAGGGUUUUGGGUUUUUACACUUCAGGAAUUUCAUUAAAUGUAAUGUAAUAUUAUCUUUAAAUCUGCUUUAAUUAAGUCAAAUUGGAUUGACCCUAACCUCAUUGUGUAGUAUCUGCAGUUACCUACAGGCUUGUGACCUGUCCAAUAAGACAAGCCUAAUUAUUUGUUUACAAUAAAUGCCAUUUGGCAUUCGGUGUUUGGGUAAAGUGUAGUGUUAUUUUAGAACGCAUGAAAUGAAGAAAAAAAAAAAAAAAAACUGGAAAGGGUGAAAAUGAAAUGUUGGGUUUUACAUGUUUGAAUUGACAUUGAUGAUGGCUGGUUGUUGAAUGGACAAGCAGUUUCACAUGUUGUCAGGAUAUUAUAUAUUUGUGAAGUAUAUUUGUAUUUUCUGAAUUGUUCAUUAAACCAUAA